AUGAUCUUCGAUUUAGCCUACUGGACAAUGGCGGAUAACAGUGACGCGGAUAAUUUGCAAAACGUAUUUGGUCACUGUCAAUUGAGAAUAAUGUAAUAGUAAAUUUUUAUAAGGAUAUUCCGAAAUUGACGCUCCACGACUACGAGGGAGACGAUGAUAGCGAAGAGGGAGAAACCACCAGUGCAAAUGCAAAUCCAAAAAGAAAAGUGAUAAAAUGUUAGGUUUUUCGAAAUAAUGCUUUUAAUUUCAGCUUUCCCGCGAAAAAGUUUUCGAAAACGGAAAUAGUGAGAUGCAGGAUUCCGAUAAAAACGGCGAAGCCGAAAACUACACGAACACCGUCAAAGAAGCGGGCUACCGUGACUGGCGGAAUGCCAACAAUGAUGCACUGUUUGAGGACAACGACAGCUGCCUCAGGAGGCUGUUGCCGACGCCGCGCAAAGAGCCGACGGUCGACAAUGAAGAAGAGUAUGACGCCGAUUCGGAGAAUUCUGAUGAAGAGAACAAGUGA